UCGGCUUCCCCGGCGCGGCGGAGCGCGGUGGCAGAGCGGCGGCAGAGCGGCGGGGCAGCCCCGCUCUCCAUGGCGGUGGCGGGGCGGGCGAGGCGCGGAGCUCGGCUGAGCGGGGCCGCGCUGCUGGCGCUGCCGGCCCUGGCGCUGCUGGCGCUGCUGGCACUGCUGGCACUGCCGCCCGGCCGCGGCGGUGGCGGUGGCGAUGGCAGCGGUGAGGAGCAGCCGCGCUCCUCGCCGCCGCUCCUGCUGCCGCCGGGCUUGCGGGAGGAGCUGCGGCAGAGGCGGCGCGAUCUGCGGCGGCUGGAGGCGGUGGCGGGCGGCGGGGAGGCGGCGGCCACGGGAGGGCUGGGCUGCGGCGACCUGCACCGGGCGACGGCGGUCAGCGUGCUGGGCUGGGGCUUCACCAAGGUGGUGGCGCGGGCGGCGCUGGCGGGCGGAGGCGCCGUGGCCCUCAAGUCGGUGCACGGGGCGGGCCGGGAGGUGCGGAGGUGCGUGCAGCGGUACGGGGCCCCGGCCGGCUGCCGCCGCCUGGCCGCCUACAAGCUGCUCAAGGAGGCGACGCUGCUGCGGAGCCUGCAGCACCCCGGCAUCGUCAAGCUGCACGGGCAGUGCUAUGACAACAGCGGAGAUGCUGAGCUACGGGUCACAGCCAUGCUGGAGCUGGGAUCCCCGCUGGAGAUGAUUCAGCUCCUGCAGACCCCCUGGGAGGAAAGAUUUAAAAUUUGCCUGAGUCUUGUGAAACUGCUGUUUUACUUGGCACAUUCCCCCCUGGGUUCAAUAGUCCUCUUGGAUUUCCAGCCAAGGCAGUUUGUUAUGGUGGAUGGAAACCUAAAAGUGACAGACAUGGAUGAUGCCAGCACCGAGGAGCUGUCUUGCAAGGAAGAUAAUGACUGCACACUCGACUUCCCUACCAAAAGUUUCCCUCUCAAAUGCUCUGUGGAUGGGAAGUGCGAAGGAAUGAAUGAAAAGAAGAAUCUGUUCAAUGCGUAUCGGUAUUUUUUCACCUAUCUUUUGCCACACUCUGCACCACCAACUUUGCGGCCCCUUUUGAGUGAUAUUCUGAAUGCAACAGGUGAUUUACGAUAUGGAAUAAAUGAAACCCUGAGAGCUUUUGAAAAGGUUUUACAUCUGUACAAAUCUGGGCUCUAUCUGCAGAAAAGACCUCUUCUUUUAAAAGACUACAUCUCCCUAAAGGGUUUCCGCACGGUGGAAGGAGAAGACUACAAGUGCUGGCCCUCCUACAGCCACCUGGGCUGCCUGCUGUCCAUUCACAGCGCCGAGGAAGCCGCUGCCAUUUGUAACUCCCAGCUGCAGUGUCAAAGCUUUAUCGUCACCCAGCACAGGACGUGGACAGGACGCCCACUCGCUUCAUUUCAGAGUAGCUGGACUGAUUUAAUACCGGAUACAAACGCUGUAGUCUAUAUUAAACGUUCAGCUUCCUCAGGGGAAAGACUUUAAAGACAAUGAGAUCACAUGAAAUGAUCCUGGGAGGAACAAACCGCUGGGGAGAAUUUCAUCUGCUGGAAAGAAUGACAUAUCUUAUUUUGCUUCGGAAUGGGAUCUCCCUGCCAGCUCAGAUAGAGUCAAAUGCUGCUGUCUCCUUGAUCAAAGCUCAGAUUUUUAAUUGCUGCUCCGCUAGCUUUUUUUCUGUUCCCACACUGUUGUUCCACAUAAAUGGUCUCAGUUUUAGUCAAAUGUUGCUAGACUGUGCAAUACUUAGCUUUGCUGCUUUGGCCAGCUUUUCAGCCAAGAAAUAGAAAUAGCUGCAAGGGAUCCAGCUUGGGUAGGCUUAGUUAUUUCAAUCACCUCCAAAAACCUGCAGAUAAUGCACUUUGGAGAAGGCAACAGCUCUUUCUGCAGCUACUAACUGGGUUUUCUUACUACUGCAAAUGUAAAGGACUGGAUUUCAGCGAUGAGGCCAAGGUUGCAGGGUUGGGAUCCAUAACCGGAGGUUGAUGAUGGGGGUGGUUCUCCAAGGAGGGUCCUGAUUCAGUUCCUUCCAGUGCAAGAGAGGGAAGUGGUGGAUAGGUCAACACUGGAUCCAAAUAUCUGUGUUUAGAUACAGGAUAUGGGGUUGAUCCUAUGCGAUUUCUAAUACCAGCUCCCAUGUAUCAACCUUGAAGGUUUUUCUCUGUUACUUUCCAUGAAAGAACGAGACAUUCAAAUAAUUUAUAUGUAAGGUGUUACUUUGUAUGAUAAAGAA